AUGGAUAAUGAUAGUUAUGUGGGUAAAGAUAUUAAUAUGUCAUUGGAAGAUGAAGAUAAAAAAGAUGAAGGAAACAUAACUAGUCAAGAACAAAUAGAAGCGAUUCAUUCUAAAAUUUUGGAUGAAAUAAUACCAAAAAUUGGAAUAGAAUUUAAAAGUGAAGAUGAAGCUUAUAACUUUUAUAAUGCUUAUGCUUACAAGACUGGUAAAUAUCGUAUUACUGAUUUCAUUGCCCAACAUACACAUGUGAUAUCAACUCCCAGUAAAAGUCAUUUGCAUAGGUCUCAGCGGAAGUUAACUUUUGUCCAAGCAGCUGAAAUAGAUAUAGCUGAUAGUUCAGGAAUUGCUCCUAAAUCAAGUUUGGAGUUAAUGGCUAAGCGAGUAGGUGGAUAUGAAAAUCUUGGAUUUAUUUGUGAUGAUUAUAAGAAUUACUUGAAAACGAAAAGAACAAUUCAAAUGAAGGUAGGAGAGACAGUUAGCUUUGAUACAACUUAUAGGAAAAAUCAAAGUGGUCGACCUUUUGCUAUGUUUGUAGGGGUGAACCACCAUAAGCAAACUACCAUAUUUGGAGCUGCAUUAUUAUACGAUGAAAGUGCUGAAACAUUUAUCUGGUUGUUUGAUAUUUUUGUAAAAGCAAUGUCAGCAAAUAAUCUUAGUGGAGUUUUUGCCAAAUUUCGAGAAUUUGCCAAAGAUUUUCGUAGCUGCAUAUAUGAUUAUGAAGAAGAACAAGAAUUUUUUCUAGCUUGGAAUGCAAUGCUUGAGAAAUAUGAUCUUAAAGAUAAUGAUUGGCUUAUACGAAUGUUUGAUUUGAGAAAGAAAUGGGCAUUGAGGUUAAUUGAAGAUCGUCGUUAUGAAGAACUAAAGGCUGAUUUCAAAGCGACUCAAAGUACUCCAUCGUUAUCAUUUCCAGUUGAAAUUCUAAAAGAUGCAGCAAGUAUUUACACCCCAACUGUAUUCAAGGUGUUCCAAGAUGAGUUAUGUAAGGUUUAUGAUUGUGCUAUGCAAAUAUUUGAUCAUAUUGGGACAGUGACAGAGUACAAAGUUACCAAUCAUAAAAAACAAUUUCAGCAUACUGUUAGAUAUGAUUUUUUUGAUAACACAGUGAUUUGCAGUUGUAGAAAGUUUGAGUUUAUAGGAAUUUUGUGCUCCCAUGCUCUUAAAGUUCUUUCUUCAAAGGAUAUAAAGAAAAUUCCUAUACAAUAUAUAUUGAAACGAUGGACAAAAUCUGCAAAGUUAGGAAAUUCUGAAUUUGUAUUUGCAAAUAAUAUAAAUGAAGACCCUAAAGUAAGUUUGGCAAGACGUUAUAAGGAUCUGUGUAGAUUGCAAACUCAAGUGGCAAUGAAGGCAGCAGAAACAGAAGAAACAUAUAAAAUUGCAAGAACUGCUCUUGCUAAGAUUUUAGAAGAUGUGGAUGCAUAUUUAAAAGACAAUAAUAUUGGAAAAUCCAUUUCUAAAAUCGUAGAGACUACAACCGUACCAAGUGCUAGUGAGAAGAUUAAAGGAAUUAAAAAUAAGAAAAGAGUACGUGGAAAAUCUACAAGGUCAAGAAAUGCUCUUGAAAGGGUGCGAAAGAAGAAAAAUGUUGCACUUGGAGAGCCAUCUCAGCAACAGUCACAUGCUAGUGGAAUAGCACAUAAUGAUGUUUCUUCUAAUUUUAAUAGUCAAGAUCUAUUAAACUUGCCAUUCAACAUUGUGCCUGGAUACCAUGGUGAUCAAUGCUUGGUAGAAAGAAAAAUAGAGAAAGAAGCCUUAAUGGCUGCUGCUGCUGCACGGUAG